CUGAUUCAAGUGAGCAAGGUCAUUUAUAUUAUCAACUUGGAUCAGUUAAGAUACAUCAAGGAGAAUAUGUAAAAGCAAUAAAAUUUUACGAAGAUACACUUGAAAUUCAUAAUAAUGUUGUUCCAUUAUAUAAUAAUGAAGUAGCUGGUUCUUAUAACAGCAUCGGUUUGGCAUAUGAUAAUAUGGGUGAACUUACAAAAGCACUUUCAUACUAUGAAAAAGCAGAGAAAAUCGCUCGAGAAACUCUUCCGGAAGAUGAUCCUCGUUUAUAUUCUUUUAACAAUAACAUUGGUUCAGUAUAUAGCAAGAUGGGUGAAUAUCAAAAAGCUCUUUCGUAUUAUGAAAAAGCACAUGAAUUUCUUCAAAAAACUCUUCCUGCAAAUCAUAUUAAUUUUGCUACUUUUUACAAUAACACGGGUUGGAUUUAUAACAGGAUGGGUGAAUAUACGAACGCACUUACACAGUACGAAAAAGCAUAUGAAAUUCUACGAAAAACUCUUCCAUCAAAUCAUCUUCAAUUAGCUGUUUCUUACAAUAGCUUAGGUUCGAUACAUGACGAAAUGUGCGAGUAUUCCAAGGCACUUGAAUAUUAUAAAAAAGUACUUGAAAUUGUCGAAAUAACUCUUCCGAAUCAUCCUCUGUUGGCUGUUACUUAUAAUAAUAUUGGUGUGCUGUAUAAAAAUAUGGGUGAACUAUCUCAAUCACUUUCAUAUCUUGAAAAAGCACUCGAAAUUCGACAGAAAACUCUUCCUGCAAAUCAUCCUGACCUAGCUAGUUCAUACAAUAAUAUCGGUGCGGUAUAUCAAAAUAUGGACAAGCACUCUGAAUCGCUAACAUUUCUUGAAAAAGCACUCGAAAUUCGUCAAGCUGUUCUUCCAGCGAAUCAUCCUAGUUUAGCAUCAACCUACAACAGCAUUGGCAAUGCAUAUUAUUUCACAAAUGAAUAUUCAAAAGCACUUUCACAUUAUGAACGCGCUUUAAACAUUUAUCAACAUUCAUCUUCUCCUAAUCAUCCUGCCAUUGAAAAAAUAAAAGGAAGUAUUGCAGCUGUAAAAAACAAAUUGUAA